ACGUUAUGGUAGAGAGGGGGGAUGGCAUGGAAGAGAGAUUGUAUAUCUCCCUGUGCUGAAUGAGUCGAGACUUCAUCCCGAUCGCUGUUUCUAUUUUUACUCUCGUACUAUGAAACCAUGGGAUUCAUAUUCAUAUGAUCCUACUAGGAGAUCUAGGGGUACGUGCCUUGUAUAUAAUAUACCCUUCUCAUAUCUCGUCGUCUACGUCAUCAUUACUACCACCACUUAAUUAUCCUGACAGACAUCCUAAGAACCAUAAAAACACCUUCGAGACACGCCCUAUGCCCUGUUCCCUACUCCCUCCAAGCACAGAGCUAUCCACGUCCAGCAGACCCGUAUCUCCCAAGCGCCUUCAAACCCACAGCCUCUGCCUGACCCUUAUCCAUGCUGUGUUCAUCUAUGCGUUUUAUCCAUUCAUCUCUUCAAUCUCGCAUCUGACCGAGGGCGUGGGCGAGGGCGAGGUUGAGAGGCCGUGGUGGAGAGAUAUGACGCACGUCGUGUUGUGUUAUGUCAUAUUGUGCUUGGGAGAACGGUCUGCCUGUAUAUAGGGGAGGUAUUAGAUAGUACAAGUCAUUACUCGACGCUGACGAGGGGCUUGUACUCCAGUGUGAGACUCGCGGGAGAUGAAGAGUUUGAAUGCAGAGCUUUGAAAGGUGGGAUAGCAGGGGGUUGUUGGGUGUUUGAACGAUGUCGAUCUAGUAUCAAG